AGUGGGGAAAAUGCCCCUUACAUUGGUGAUCAGUGGGAAGAAUGCCCCUUACAUUGGUGGUCAGUGGGAAGAAUGCCCCUUAAUGCCCCCCUCACAUUGGUGGUCAGUGGGAAAAAUGCCCCUUACAUUGGGGGUCAGUGGGAAGAAUUUUCCUUACAUUGGUGGCCAUUGGGAAGAAUGCUCCUUACAUUGGUGGUCAGUGGAAGAAUGUCCCUUACAUUGGUGAUCAGUGGGAAGAAUGUCCCUUACAUUGGUGGUCAGUGAGAAGAAUGUCCCUUACAUUGGUGAGCAGUGGGAAGAAUGUCCCUUACAUUGGUGGUCAGUGAGAAGAAUGUCCCUUACAUUGGUGAGCAAUGGGAAGAAUGUUCCUUACAUUGGUGGUCAGUGGGAAGAAUGCUCCUUACAUUGGUGGUCAGUGAGAAGAAUGCUCCUUACAUUGGUG